AUGGGUGAGCCAGUGGCGAAGCGCUGCAAGACGGAUAACGAAACAAAUGGUGAUAGCUCGAAGGUGGGUGAUUACGAUGCUGCUACGCAAAAAAUUCUGGAACAAAUUGAUCAAGUGCAGAGUGAAAUAGAUUCCUUGAAUGAGAAGGCAAGCGAAGAAAUAUUGAAGGUUGAACAAAAAUAUAAUUCUCUUCGAAAGCCGUUUUUCGACAAGCGCAAUGAUCUUGUUCGAGACAUUCCAAAUUUCUGGGUCACCGCAUUUGUCAACCAUCCAAAUAUCAGUGCGAUAUUGGACGAAGAAGAAGAAGAAUGUUUACAUUAUCUUACCACAGUUGAGGUGGAAGAAUUUGAUGAUAUCAAGUCUGGAUAUAGGAUUAAAUUGACAUUUGAUGAGAAUCCGUUUUUUGAAAAUACUCAGCUUGUCAAGGAAUUUUUUCUCGGUGAUUUUGAACCGACAAGUACUACGACUGUCAUCAAAUGGAAGCCGGAUAAUGAUCUCUUAAAUAAAGUGAAAACCAAGAACCAGAGUAGUGGUGAUGCAACGCCAGCGCCACGUUCAUUUUUUGCUUGGCUAUCAGAUAAUCAGGAUCCAAGUAACGACGAGAUUGCAGAAUUAAUCAAAGACGAUCUUUGGCCGAAUCCGCUGCAGUACUUUUUGGUGCCAGAAAUGGAUGAAAAUGCUGGAGUUUCCGGUGACGACGACAAUUUUGAUGAUAUUUUCGAGGAAGCCGAUGAUGCUGGAGAAGAUAAUGAGGACUGA